GUAAAUACAACUGAGGCUCAGCUUUAGAAAACACAACGAAACCCUAAGAGAGAGAAUCACUCUUUCCAAAAAUGGCGUAGGAGGAGAUGAUUGGUAACAGUUAACGAUCAAGCUCCUUUCUUUCUAUUAUUUUUCAGCUGUUGCAAUGUCUGCCGAAGUAGUUGAACAUGUGAAAUUAGCCGAAGAACGAGAUGGAGUUGGUGAAAAUGAGAGAGAAUUAGGGUUGCAAUGUCGAGAACCGGUUCGAGAAGAUGAGCAGAGUAAGGUCAUUGAUGAUCAGAAUGGAUGUCCUGGUGAGGAUCAAGAUGAGCUGAUUGGACAACUGAUUAAGGAGGAGGGAGUGAUUGACUUGACUGAGCAAAAACUACAACAUGGGAAGCAAUGUCAAGAAAGUGGUUCUCCAAUCACUACAUCUUUCGGCUCAUCCGGAGAAGGGAAAUGCGAAGAGACUGAAGAACAUCAAGUUGAAGUGACUGAGCAACAACUACAACAUGGGGAGCAAAGUCGAGAACUUAUUCUAGAAAAAGAAGAUAGCUUUGUGAUUGAGUAUCAACAAAAUGGUUCGCCGGAGCCACAGUAUGAGGGGCAAGAUGAAGCAAAUGGGGAGAAGAACCACAAUCAAAUGCAAGUAACUGAAGUGAUUGGUGCAGAGCAGACAUGUAAAGCAGAAAUUGAGGUUACUGAACAACAUAGAGAAGAUAGGCUGCAAAGUCAAGAACCAAUUCAAGCAGACCAUCAACUUGGGUUGGGUGAUGAGCAGCAAAAUGAAGUUAUUGGACAAAAAAUGCAAGAAAUUGCAUUGGUUAUUGAAGAGCAGGAUAUUGUGGAAGAGAAGUAUAGAGUGACUGAAGGACAAGUUGAAGUGAGUGAACAAUGGCUGCAAUUUUGUCAGGAAUUUGUUCAAGAAGAGCAACAUAGUUUGCUGAUUGACUAUAAAGAUGGUUCUUUGGAGAAACAUAUUGAACAGCAAGAUAUAGUCAAUGAACAGAAAAGUCAAAAGCAGAUGCAAGUAACUGCAGUCAUUGUUGAGAACUAUAAUGUUGCAGAACAGACAUGUAAAGUAGAAAAUGGGCUGCCCAAUCAAGAAGAACAGAAUAUUAAGGUGAUUGACAAUGUAAAUGUAUGUCCAGAUGAGCAGCAAGGUGAAGUGAUUGGACAUCAAGUUCAGAACCAAAUGCAAGAAAUUGCAUUGAUUGUUGAAAAGCAGAAUGUUGUAGUACAGAAAUAUGAAGUGACCGAACAACAGAUAGAAGAUGGGCAUCAAAGUCAAGAACCAAUUCAAGAGGUACAGAAAAAUAAGGUGAGCAAAGCACAAGUUCAAGUGACUGAACAACAACCGGAAUAUGGACAGCAAAGUCGAGAACCGAUUCAAGAAGAACAGCAUGAUAAGAUGGCUGAAGCUGAAAGUGGAUCUCCAAAUGAGAAGCAAGGUGAUGUGAAUGGACAUCACAUUCAGAUACAAUGUCAAGAAUUUAUUGCUACAAAUCAGAAUGUUGCAGUACAGAAGUAUAAAGUGACUGAAGAACAAGUUGAAGUGAUUGAACAGCAGACAGAAUGUGGACAGCAAAACCAAGAACCAAUUCAAGAACAGAACAGUAAGGUGAUUGACUAUCAAAAUGGAUUGUCAAAGCCAGAAAAUGAACAGAAAGAUGAAGUGAAUGGACAGAAAAAUAAAAGUCAAAUACAAGUAAUUACUGAGAUUGUUGAUAAUCACAAUGUUGCAGAGCUUUUUCAUGAGGUGACCAAAGAACAAGAAGUUGAAGUAACUGAACAACAGAGAGACCAUGGGCAGCAAAGUCAAGAAGAACAGAAUAGUAAGGUGAUUGACUGUCAAGAUGGAUAUCCAAUGCAACAAAAUGAACAGCUAGAUGGCGUAAAUGGCAAUCAAGUUCAAAAUCAAAUGCAAGAUAUCGUAGUGAGUGUUGAAAAGCAGAUUGAUGCUAAACUGAAAUAUAAAGUGCCUGAAGAUCAAAUGGAAGAACCGUGUCAUAGUACAGAACAACAAUGUGAAGUGACCAAAGAACAUAUUGAAGGCAUUAAAAGACAAAUUCAAUUCCAAGAAGAAGUAGUUGAAGGGAUUGACAAGCUGACUACAGCAGAAGCACUGCAAGUUGAGAAUGUUUCAGAAUUGCAAGAGCAAAUUGAGUUAUUAAGGACGAUCCUUAAUGCUGGCAGUAUGCAGGCGUCGUUUUGCAAGAAGCCAGAGAAAGCUGCAGCCAUAGCCGUUAAUUCAACUCCUCUUACUAGGCAGAAACUGCCCUACCAAAGUUCAUCAACUUUCUCUAGGGAGAAUUGUUUAGAAUUGUUGAGGAUGACACAUAAACUUCAGGAAAAGACACAUAGGGUGCAGGAAAGUUUGUUGGAUCUCUUGACCACUAGAGAGUUAAGCCAUACAACUCCUAACUCUUUUGUGGACUUAGAGGAAAGAACAAUGCCAAUUGCUGAUUCUUGUGGAGAGAGGGAAUACAUGGAUUGUGGUUUUCCGGCACAAAUGAAGCACCACCAGCUGAGGCAACUACGUCCAUGGGGUAAAAAAGCAUCUGAAUCUGAUUGCAGAGUAUCGAAGGAACCUAACUGUCAGCAGGAGCAGCAGCACAGAGAUCCAGUACAGGAAAAAAGUAAGUGUGAUGGUCAAGUAGUUGAGUUAUCAUGUCAAACACAGCAACAGUCACGGGAACUAGCACAGCAGAGGGAAUUGCCUCCCCAGGGCCAGAGGCGGUCCAAAUCUGAAUCGUUACUCACUACAUCUGUGGUGGACUUAUCACCAAGAAGGAAUCAGGAUCCCCAGCAAUUAAACACUGGAGUAACUGAAAAGCCUCAAAAACUGAAGACAUCAGCAAAGAAAACAGGCCAAACACAGCAGCAGCAGAGGCAACUUAGAUCUCGAGGAAAAAUUUUGUCUGAAUGUAAACAAGUAACAACUAGAUCUAUGGCAGGUUCAUCACCCUCACAGCCUCUUUAUGAGCAGUAUCAGUUGAUUUCAAGUACUGCAAGGUCUCAAGUGGAAAAGCCGGGAAUAGAAAAUUCAUCUCAAUCGAAGAAGCAACCAGCAAAUCACUCUAAUCGGCGAAAGCGGGGAACACCAGAGCCUACAACAAUGCCAAAUGCCAUUGGUCCAAUCCUCCCUUGCAAGAAACUAGCAUUAGGCUGUCAGAAUGUAGAACUUCCCACUCCUGAAGCAUGUGAAGAUGUAGGACCAACAAUCAUGGACAAGUCAUCUCAACCGGUGGUGCAAAGUACAGAUCAUCAUGGUCAACAAAAGAUGUUGAAAUCCAAGCCAACAACAAUGGCAGAAAGUCCACAGCUCAAUUCAGCAUCAGUGGAAGAUCUUCCUCAAACAGCAAAAGAGCUGCAACAGAAGCAGCUGUGCCAUAUGAACUUACGUUCAUGCAGCCAAGCUGCAUCACAAUCUGAGCUUGUUGUAUCGAUGGCACAAUCAUUGCCCUCGGAGCACCAUUAUGAGCAGCCACAAGAAAUGAAGCAUCAAGGCCUACGGAGGCCUAAGUUGACUUCACACAAUCAGCAUAAUGGUGAACUUAAGCUUCCAAAACAUCCUGAGCAGCCACAGAAACCAAGAGGGAGGCCUUCUAAACGAAAACUGGAUGUGGCUGCGACUGAAGAUGUAUCAUUGCCUGCUAAGUAUCAGAAACUGCAGGAAGAACCACAAAAUCAAAGACAAGAGAGGCCUCCUAAGUUGGAAAGAAAUAUGGUUUUGGGUCUUUUUGCUGCAUCAAAAUAUGAACCUGCUCCACCGAUGACAGAACCACCGUUUUUAAAGCUGAAUCCAGAUAAUGAGCAUCAUGUUGAGCUGCAGCCCCUGAAGCAUCCUGAGCAACCACAAAAACGAAGGGGGAGGCCUCGAAAGUUGAAUCCAGAUAAUGAGCUUGUGAAGAACUGCCGCACCCAAAGUACCUUGAGCAGCCACAAAAGGGAAGACGAACUGCAGCUGCCAAAGCAACCUGAGCAGCCACAAAAUCCAAAAAGACGACGAGGGAGGCCCUGUAACAUCUCAGUGAACGAGCUGAAGCAAGAAAUGAGUCAGAGGGAAAGGCGCCAAAGCAAGCGACUGAAGGAACAGAAGGAAGCGACUAUGUAACUGAAGCUAAUUGUUUUAAGAUCACUACCUCUGUAGUUUGUUAGUUUCCUGGGUAUGGCUUAUUUGGAUUUGCUUCCUAGGGGGAGUAGUAAGAUCCUAGUGAUGAUGGAAGUGUCAAUGUUCGUGAUCUUUUUGCAAUGCAUCCUUAACUAAAUAUUCCAGACUUGCUUGUUGAUAAUACUGAAAUUUAAGCUUGGAAUGUCGAAUCAUUGACUUGGA